UUCCCAGAAACCUGAUUUUUAAACAUUAGAUAAUCACUUUCAGUUUCAAUAUAAUCACUGAUCUCAUUUACAGACUGAACAACAACCGUACUGUACAACGUCGCAGAGUGUUUCUAUAGGACAGCAUCAUGGCAGGCCAGACAGUAUCCAUGAAGGAACCAGCAUGUCUGAUAGAGAACGACAAUGAUGGGAAGCUGCGUGUGGUCCGCAGUGCACUGGGCAUCCUGGACCAGAUUGACCAGCAUGUGGUAGUGGUGUCGGUGGUCGGGCUGUACCGCACCGGCAAGUCCUACCUCAUGAACAAGCUGGCUGGCAAGAAAAAAGGUUUUGCCCUGGGAGCCACCAUCCAGUCCAAAACUAAGGGCAUCUGGAUGUGGUGUGUGCCUCACCCUGAAAAAAGAGACCACACCCUGGUGCUGCUGGAUACAGAGGGGCUGGGGGAUGUGGAGAAGGGUGAUGAGAAGAAUGACAACUGGAUCUUUUCCCUGGCUGUCCUGCUCAGCAGUACUCUGGUGUACAACAGCACGGGAACCAUCGACAACAACGCCCUGGAGAAACUACACUAUGUGACAGAACUGACAGAGCACAUCAAGGUGAAGUCCAACCAGCGAGACGGGGAGGAAUCUUCAGAGUACCUGCGUUACUUUCCUUCCUUUGUGUGGACAGUCAGAGAUUUCACCCUGACCCUGGAGGUUGAUGGGAGACCCAUCACAGCCAAUGAGUACCUGGAGAACGCUCUUAAACUGAGAACAGGUCAUAGUAAGAAAGAUCAGGCAUAUAAUCUGCCACGUAGCUGCCUGCGGAACUAUUUCUCUCCUCGCUGGUGCUUUGUGUUUGAGAGGCCAGCCAGCGGAGACAAAAUGAGACGUAUGGAGGAGCUGACCGACGCUGACCUGGAGCCUGCCUUUGUGGAGCAAGCCAAGGAGUUCUGUGACCACGUCUUCAAUGAGGCCAAGACCAAGACCCUGAAACAGGGCCUGAAAGUUACCGGCAGACUGCUGGGGAACCUGGCAGAGACGUAUGUGUCUGCCAUCCGGAGUGGGCAGAUCCCCUGCCUGGACAAUGCUGUGUUGGCGCUGGCCCAAAUUGAGAACUCCGGUGCCAUCGAGAGGGCCAGGGCCAAAUACCAGAAGGGCAUGGCUGACUGGGUGGCCUUCCCCACAGAGACCCAAGAGGAGCUGUCUGAAGUGCAUGCAGUCAUGGAGAAGGAGGCUGUGGCCAUAUUCAUCAACAACUCCUUCAAAGACGAGGACCAGAAGUACCAGUUGGAGCUCAUGAAAGUGGUUCAAGAGGAGUAUGAGAAGAUCUGUGAGAGGAACUACAAGGAGUCCCAGAAGGCAUGCGAGUCCAAAAUCCAAUGCAUCUUUGCCCCCCUGGAGGAGAAAAUAAGGGAUGGCUCCUACAUGACCCCUGGAGGAUACAAAGAGUACUGCAAUGACCUGAAACUGGCCACCAGCGAAUACAGAUCUGAGGGAGGCAGAGGAGUGAAGGCUGAAGAGGUACUGAAGGAGUACUUGGGAAGGAAGGCCAGCAUUGGUGAGGCCAUCCUGUCAGCAGACCAGUCCCUCACUGAAGCUGAGCAGAGAGCAGAAGCGGAGCAAGCAAAAAGGGAGGCAUCUGAGCGGGAGAAUCGAGCCAUGGAGGAGCAGCUGGUUGUCCAGGAGAGGUUGAGAGCGGACCAGCAAAGGACAUAUGAGGAGAAUGUGAACCAGCUGAUGGAGAGGAUGGAGAGAGACAGUAGAAAUGCCAUAGCAGAGCACGAUAGAGUUCUGCAGGCCAGACUCAAGGAGCAGAAUGACCUUCUCCGGCAAGGGUUUGAUGACAGAGCACACCAAAUGCAAAGAGAGAUAGAUGCCCUUAAGGGUGCGAAGGCACAAGAGGAAGAGAAAAAACCCUCAUUUAUGAGCACAGCUCUGGAUACUGUUGGGACUGCAGCUGCCUUGUUCCUUCCAGGAAUAAUUCCCAAAGUAGGAGGAAUGGUUGUGAAAUGGCUGUCUAAGUUGUUCUGAUGUAGGUUCCCGAGGAGGAUGAUGAGCUAUUAUUCUUAUAGACGUGGAUUGAUUGAAUCUGUAUUUAUUGAUAGUUGAUUCAUGGAUUUAGGUUUAGCACUCAGUUAAGGUUUUAGUUUGUUUUUUAAUAAAUAUUUUGAAUGCCUAA